UCUUCUUUCAGAUUUAGCCAGCACCUCAGUUCCUGUCCAAGGACUUUAUCAUUAACCCAGAAAAUAAAAGCCCUUCACCCUAAUGAGAUCGAUGUGGUGAUUAGACAUUUGAAGGAGGAUGCAUGAAUGGGUGAGAGACAAGAAAUGAAAGUGUAAUCAUCCAUCGAUCUCCGCAUGGUUGAAGAAAUGGAAGGGCAGAGAAUAAAAAAUUUGAUGCUUCCAUGGUUUAGAGUGAAAAGCACCCGUGUGGCUCUUGUGGGUGGAAAUCACACCGCCGCCAGGUUUUGCACCCGCUAGUUCAUUUGCUUCCCUCACGCUCCCUCUCCUCUCCUUUCCAAUAUUUUUAUUGCAAGCUACCUUGUAACCACCUCUCUUUUCCUGUCUUUCCUCAUAACUACCUCUCUUUUUCUGUAAGCUCAGUUGCCAUAGAUACAUCUAUGGCUAUGGACUUGGUUUCUGGCUUUGAUGCCAAACUCCACGACCCGGUCAACCUCUUGCAUGGCAUUAAGCCUGCCGCCGACACCCAAUUGCUGGUAACCAGGUUCCCUGAUUCUGGGCUAUUUUUGAAGGUUGUGGGUCGUUCCCUGAUGAUUUCGUUAGUCAUUUUGUCAAUUCCUUUGCUCGGGUCAAUUUUGGGAGGAUCCUCCCCGUCUGAACCCGAUUCAACCAACAUCCAGCUGUUGCCGGUUCUGUUUCAUGAUUUGAUGAAUGAAGGACUCCUUAAAAUGGGAGAUAAAUCCCUCUUCGUGAGUGGCGCUUCUGACCAAGCAGCAUAUGAGUCUCGUGUCAUCAGUGACAACAAAAUGGAUCUAAUCUCUGUUUCAGAUUUCGAGAGACAAAGCUCCAUCCCAGAAGCCACCGUCGACUUCGCCUUCGUGCAUGACUUCAGCGCCACUGCAACCUUCAUUGACCGAACCCUCAAGAUUGGCGGCAUCGCAGUUGUUCAACUGAGCAAUGACGCGUCAGUUGCGUUCGAUAAGCCAUCGAAUUACAGAAUCGUCUACCUCCGGCGAUUCGAUUCCACCGUGGUGGCUAUGAGGAAAACCGACCACACCCAGACAAAUUCCCGGACUCAAAGGCGACUCUGCGGGCUCUCAUCAGAAGCAAAGAAAGCAGCAUUGAAGAACCUGGAGGACGUUCUCCUCGAACCACCGCGAGCAGCUUCAAGGAAGUCGAGCAGUUACCUGAAGCGGACCAAGUACCUGCCGGACUUAACUGGCGACUCCCUUGAGAGCUACCCACGUCGGGUUUUCAUCCACGUGGGCCCGCCGGAGACAGAUGAGGGCAAAAACGUGAGGUGGUUCGCGAGCCACUAUCCGACCAGGAACCGUGAUUUUGAGAUGUAUAAGAUAGAGACAACGACGGAAGAAUCAAAAGGGAAGGAGGAAGCGGAGCUGGGGAUGUCAGAGUGGCUGAGGAAGAACGUGAAGGAGGAGGAGUACGUGGUUAUGAAGGCAGAAGCAGAAGUAGUAGAAGAGAUGGUGAAGAGCAAAGCGAUAGGAUUGGUGGACGAGCUGUUCUUGGAAUGUAAACCUCAAUCGCUCAACAACAGGAAGAGCAACACGGGGGGGAGGGCUUACUGGGAGUGCUUGGCUCUCUACGGACAGCUCAGGGAUGAAGGUGUCGCUGUCCACCAGUGGUGGAGCUAAACUCUUAAUUAAUGAGUAUAACUCCUCUUUAUUAGUAUAAUUUUCUCAGGAAAAACAAAACACAGACUGAGAGGAGACAAACCUACAGUGUUAAGACUUAAAUACACCAACCAAUACCUUCAAGAGAGUGAAAGAUUACUACGUCGGAUUAAUUGUGUCUUUUCCCUUUUAAGUUCAUUGUGGGAUUUUAUUAAGUGAUGAGAAUGAGGAGGGGGUGCCAAAAGAGGAGUGCUUUUCCUCUUAUUAA